AGGGACUGUCGAGCUGGGAAGCUUUGUGUAGGCAUUCUGCGCACAGCCUGGUGUAAUCAGAAUGGAGGUUAUACUUAUCCUGACGAAGCUAUAUGACUUCAACCUGGGAAGUGUGACGGAGAGCUCACUUUGGAGAUCAACAGAUUAUGGCACCACCUAUGAAAAGCUGAAUGACAAAGUGGGUUUGAAGACUGUCCUCAGUUACCUGUACGUCAACCCCACCAACAAAAGGAAGAUCAUGCUUCUUAGUGAUCCUGAGAUAGAGAGCAGCAUAUUGAUCAGCUCAGAUGAAGGGGCAACCUAUCAGAAAUACCGGCUCACCUUCUACAUCCAGAGUCUGCUCUUUCACCCCAAGCAAGAGGACUGGGUACUGGCCUACAGUCUGGAUCAAAAGCUCUACAGCUCCAUGGACUUUGGAAGACGGUGGCAACUCAUGCAUGAACGCAUCACACCCAACAGGUUUUACUGGUCAGUGGCCGGAUUGGAUAAGGAGGCAGACCUGGUGCACAUGGAGGUGCGGACAGCCGACGGACAUGCUCACUACCUCACCUGCAGGAUCCAGGAAUGUGCCGAGACUACUCGGAGUGGGCCUUUUGCCCGCUCCAUUGACAUCAGUUCCCUGGUGGUCCAGGAUGAAUAUAUAUUCAUUCAGGUAACAACUGGUGGAAGAGCCAGCUACUACGUGUCCUACCGGAGAGAGGCCUUCGCUCAAAUAAAGCUGCCCAAGUACUCGCUGCCCAAGGACAUGCACAUCAUUAGUACCAAUGAGAACCAAGUGUUUGCAGCGGUCCAGGAAUGGAACCAGAAUGACACGUACAACCUCUACAUCUCAGACACACGUGGGAUCUACUUCACCCUGGCCAUGGAGAACAUUAAGAGCAGCCGAGGUCUGGUGGGAAACAUCAUUAUUGAAUUGUAUGAGGUAGCAGGUAUCAAAGGGAUAUUCCUGGCAAACAAGAAGGUGGAUGACCAGGUGAAGACAUACAUCACAUACAACAAAGGCAGGGACUGGCGCCUCCUGCAAGCUCCAGAUGUGGACCUGAGAGGCAAUCCAGUACACUGCCUGCUGCCUUUCUGCUCCCUACACCUACACUUGCAGAUCUCCGAAAAUCCAUAUUCCUCGGGAAGAAUCUCCAGCAAGGAGACAGCUCCAGGGCUCGUGGUGGCUACAGGCAACAUUGGUCCGGAACUCUCAUAUACCGACAUCGGUGUGUUCAUCUCUUCUGAUGGGGGCAACACAUGGAGACAGAUCUUUGAUGAAGAGUACAAUGUCUGGUUCCUAGACUGGGGUGGCGCCCUCGUGGCCAUGAAACACACACCUCUGCCAGUCAGGCAUUUGUGGGUGAGUUUUGACGAGGGCCACUCCUGGGACAAGUAUGGUUUCACUUCGGUUCCUCUCUUUGUGGACGGGGCCCUGGUGGAGGCAGGCGUGGAGACCCAGAUUAUGACAGUUUUUGGCCACUUCAGCCUCCGCUCGGAAUGGCAGUUGGUGAAGGUGGACUACAAAUCAAUCUUCAGCCGACACUGCAGCAAGGAGGACUAUCAGACGUGGCACCUGCUCAAUCAGGGGGAGCCUUGCGUCAUGGGAGAAAGGAAAAUAUUCAAGAAACGCAAGCCAGGAGUUCAGUGUGCGCUGGGCCGAGACUCGUCGGGGACAGUGGUCUCAGAACCCUGUGUCUGUGCUGACUGGGACUUUGAAUGUGACUAUGGCUAUGAGAGACAUGGAGAGAGCCAGUGUGUCCCUGCUUUCUGGUACAAUCCAGCAUCUCCAUCUAAGGACUGUAGCCUUGGUCAAAGCUACUUUAACAGUACUGGGUACCGGCGAAUAGUGUCCAACAACUGCACAGACGGCCUGAGGGAGAAGUACACCGCCAAGGCCCAGAUGUGCCCUGGAAAAGCCCCUCAUGGCCUCCACGUGGUGACGACCGAUGGGCGCCUGGUGGCGGAGCAGGGACACAAUGCAACCUUCAUCAUCCUCAUGGAGGAGGGUGACCUCCAAAGGACAAACAUCCAGCUUGACUUUGGGGACGGGAUUGCAGUGUCCUACGCUAAUUUCAGUCCCAUUGAGGACGGCAUCAAGCAUGUGUACAAGAGUGCAGGCAUCUUCCAGGUGACGGCCUAUGCGGAGAACAGCCUAGGCUCAGAUACAGCGGUCCUCUUCCUGCACGUGGUUUGUCCUGUGGAGCAUGUUCAUCUCCGAGUUCCAUUUGUUGCCAUAAGAAAUAAGGAGGUCAACAUCAGUGCAGUUGUGUGGCCCAGCCAACUGGGAACUCUUACGUAUUUCUGGUGGUUCGGCAAUAGUACAAAGCCCCUCAUCACCUUGGAUAGCAGCAUUUCCUUCACAUUCCUAGCAGAGGGAACAAAUACCAUCACUGUCCAGGUGGCUGCUGGGAAUGCCCUCAUCCAGGACACAAAAGAUAUCGCUAUUCAUGAAUACUUCCAGUCCCAGCUCUUGUCUUUCUCUCCUAAUCUGGAUUACCACAAUCCUGACAUUCCAGAGUGGAGGCAAGAUAUUGCCAAUGUGAUCAAGCGGGCUCUGGUGAAAGUAACCAGUGUCCCGGAAGACCAGAUCCUAGUUGCCGUGUUCCCUGGCCUCCCCACUUCUGCAGAGCUCUUCAUCCUUCCCCCCAAGAACUUGACGGAGAGGAGGAAAGGCAAUGAAGGGGACCUGGAACAAAUCGUAGAGACUCUGUUUAACGCUCUAAACCAAAACCUGGUCCAGUUUGAGCUGAAGCCAGGGGUUCAGGUCAUUGUGUAUGUCACACAGCUGACCUUAGCUCCACUGGUGGACUCUAGUGCUGGGCACAGCAGCUCAGCCAUGCUUAUGCUCUUGUCAGUAGUGUUUGUCGGCCUGGCUGUGUUUCUGAUCUACAAGUUUAAAAGGAAAAUACCCUGGAUUAACAUCUAUGCUCAAGUCCAACACGACAAGGAGCAGGAGAUGAUUGGGUCAGUGAGCCAAAGUGAAAACGCCCCCAAGAUCACGCUCAGUGACUUCACCGAGCCCGAGGAACUGCUGGACAAAGAGCUGGACACCCGGGUCAUAGGAGGCAUCGCCACCAUUGCACACAGUGAAAGCACAAAGGAGAUCCCCAACUGCACUAGUGUUUAAUGCCAACGAGCCACGUGGUCAGCCCUCUUUCUGACUUUUUAUUUUUGAUGAUUCCUAUUACUCUUAUUAUGGAAAAAUGAAAAUGUCUUUUUUACCUAUUGUUUACCAAGGGCCCCAUGAAUAGCAGGCAGAUGCUUAGCUUUGGGAGGCAAAGCAUACUUAGCUGAUUAUGAGCCACGAAGGAUAAAUGGCUGUUUUUGUGCUAAGGGCAAAGGAUGCGUCUUCCCAUGGCUUUCUUACUUCAUUCUGCCAUUUAUAGUGCAAGAAAUCUUGUUUCCCUUGUGAUCUGUCUUUUUAUUUUUUAAGUUGGAUUGGUUUUCCACUAACCUCCCAUCCUCCCCCUGCCCCGUACAACACCAAACCACCAGUAUCCACCUCCUCCCUCCCAGCACACCCACCUAAAACAUAAACCAUUUCCCAGUUAGAUCUGCAGGAGAUAGGUUGGUGGGGAGUGAGUGUGGCUGCAGAAAGUGCACACCUGUCAGAAGAGACCCUGCCUCAUGCACGUCCAUUGCGAGGCUGCAGAUGGCUUAUUGUAGAUAAUUACAAUGUAAAUAGCUUUUUAUUUCCUAAGAUAUAAUUUAAUGUUUAGUAAAAAAGAAAACUGAAAAAAGAAAGAUGCGUCUGUUGGCUUAUGCACUCACCUUCCGGAGCUGACCCACCCCCAGGCCUGCUUGAUGCGUUGGGUUCUGGAUGCUCCCCAGUUGUCUGUCGCACUUAACUCUUGCAUCUCUGUGUCCCUGCCAUCACUGGUUUCUAUUUCUGUAUAUAAAGUGGGGAGGGGGAGUACUUGUUUGAAACAAACAACUGGUAAAGGGGGAACAAGAGUGACAUCAUAGAACGUAUGAGUUUUUGGUCCCAUCCGUGAUGUGGAAGAAGUUGCAAGGUGAAGUCCACUAGAAUCUUCAAACUGAAACCCAGAUGGGCAAACAAGGCUUCCCCUCCAGAGAAUGAGGUUGAGGAUAGUUAUCAGUCUGAGGUUUUCUCUAGAGAAGCCAGGCAAUGGAUCUGAAAAAAAAUGGCAUUCUGUUUUCUGGUUGGAUUCCAUGGAAUUGUAUAAUGCUUAAAGGGAAUUCUCUGGCUAUUCUUAACUCAGAAAAGUCUCUUGGGCACUAGGUUAAGCCCAGUGAGUGCCUCAGCCUGGGAGCAGUUAGAGGUGGGAAGGGAGCCAGCACAAGUGGACUCAUGUGACCAUGCAAACCCUGCAGGCCAAAUAGGGGUCUAGCCUUUAAUGAUCUUAGUCAAAGUUGAUUUUAACAAAGCUGUGCUACUUGCUUGUCAGAUAUACACAACUUCCUUAAAGUCAAAUGUCUGCCUUCAGUUCUCUUAAGAUAGUUCUUGCAUCUGGGGCGAGUAACUUUCAAAGCCAGUGUUCUCUUCUCCCACACCCCAGCCCCUUCACACAUUUCACAUGUCAGUUCUUUUUAGGAGGGUUGCUUGAAGCCAUGCUGUAGCACUGUUUUAUUUUGGACUCAGCCUGAGCACACUUGUUUUAAAGAAAAGGUAUACUGUAUAUAUGUAUGGGAGGAGAGGCUAAAUUUUGUACCUGUCCAUUUUUGUGGGGUAUUGUUCACAACCUUCUCUGUGAGACACUGAGAGAGUGUGACCUCGAGAAACUGGACUGGCUACAGCAUAGAAUUAGGACUAUUUCUAAAGAUCCUGCUUUUUCAUUUCAAGGGUUAAAUGGGGCAGACAAUUGCAAUAC